CGGCACUGGCACUCAGUCCUCCGAAGGUCCCCCGCCCCGACCCCUCUCCCCAGCCCCUCAGCUCUCGGUAGACCCUCUCCUCCCUUCCCGAUCCUCCCCGCCCGAAACUUCUCCAUCCCCCGAUAGAACCCUUUGUUCCCUCCGGAGCCGUCCCCUCCGCCCUCAGCAGCCCCGCACCCCAUGGAUGCAGAGCCUGGCCUGGCAUGGACAGGGAGACGCGCGUGUUCGCCGAGAGCCAUUUCCGAGGCCUCCGGGGGCGUCUCCCCAGCAAGGUCUGUCCGACCCCGGACCGCGUGGACUUUAUCGAGAAGCCCGACUCCUUUUCCUACACGGACUUCUUCAAGAGUUACCUGCUCCCCAACGUGCCCUGUGUUUUCUCCAGCGCCUUCACCGAGGACUGGGGCAGCAGGAAGCACUGGGUGACACCCAGUGGGAAGCCCGACUUCGAUUAUCUGCUUCAGAAUUAUGGAGAUGUAGUUGUACCUGUGGCAAACUGCGGGGUCCAGGAAUACAACUCGAACCCUAAAGAACACAUGCCCCUCAAAGAUUACAUCAGCUACUGGAAAGAGUUCAUCCAGAGAGACUACUCCUCUCCUCGGGGCUGUCUCUACCUCAAAGACUGGCACCUGUGCAGGUACUCCUCUGCCGAGGGCUUAUUCACCUUGCCCGUGUACUUCUCGUCCGACUGGCUCAACGAGUACUGGGACACCCUGGACGUGGACGACUACCGUUUCAUCUACAUGGGGCCCGCUGGCACCUGGUGCCAGGUCAUCAUGAAGUCCUGCUCUGGAAUUAAUUUUGAAGAGUUUUACCAAUUCCUCAAGGUCAUUGCUGAAAGGAGGCUCCUCCUAGUGAAGAAGAUAAGCCCUGGUGAACUGCAGUGCAGUGAGGACUCUGGGCUGGGCCUCCAGCACACCAUUUUUGACAUCAGCCGGAUUGCUGAGGUGCUGGCGUCUGUGGUGGUCAACCCCGACUUCCAGAGAGUGGACACCAGCAGGUUUUUGCCGCAACCAGAGGACCUCCUACAGCAGCUGCAGGAGGCCCUGGCCACCACAGAGCCUCUUUAGUGUGUGCCAUGAGCGUUAGUUGGCAGCCUGACAAGGAUUCUCAAGGCCCUGCUCCACGGUCCCUUUCAGAAAUAAAGCUCCAUCCUCUGUGGGCUGGGACAUGUGGCCUCCCAGAUAUGGUUCCUGCUCUUAAGGGUCUGGUACUGUCCUGGCAUCCCAGACUUCAGUGCCUGUCCAGAGGGUCCAGGUUCCUUGUCCUUGGGAGGCCCAGCAGGACUGAGGACUCAGAUCUGGUGAGGGGGUGGGUGAAGAGUUGUUGGUAGCCUGGACCUGUGGCAAGGCUGUGGGUAUGCUGGGGACUCAGGAGUGUGAGCAGCAUGUGGCUGAUUUUUCUUGGUGUCCCUAGCCUGCCCUUCGCAGAGACCAGCACCAAGCUGAUGGGCUUCCCAUCCACAGCAGCACAGGGUAAUGAAUUGUCUUGCAGGCCCACUCUACAGUAGCAUCACACCCCCCAGAGUCCACGCCGAUUCCUCUGGAGCAAGCCCCCUGGAGUGGGGUAGAGACUGGGGCCCAAGGCACCUCCAUGCUGCAGGACCUGUGUCUAUCCCACAUUCGAAGCACUGUUUAAAUAGCUCCCUCCUUUCCUCCACUGGCCCCUGGCCCCCUUGGCAAGGUCCUGAGCCAGAGAUGUCAUAUUGGUCUGUGCUCUAGGCCAACCCUUCAGGUAUCACAGGCACUGUAUUCAGGGGACACUCAGCCCUGCUGACAGUAAGUGGCAAGUCAGAACACCCGUUGCCUCCCUUUUGCUUGCUGCAGCAACACCUUCCCCUUCAGAGACUUCAUUCAGGGACAGCCCUUUGCUCCCAACCAGCAGUAAGAGGAUCUACCUGUAGGCCAGAUGGAGCCCAGGCCUCUUCCACACCUUGCACAUCCAUUCUGCACCACCCACCUACUUGUUGCAACAACCAUUCUGCACACUCAUUCUUUCCAUCUAUUUCCCAACCCUUACACAUCUCUUCUGUGCCAAGCAAAUCAAUUAUUACACACUGUUCUACAUUUUAACCUCUGCAUGCUUAUCUGCACCAUCCAAUUUCUACCCCCUGCACACCUGUGUGUCACUGUGAUGGUAUGAAUGCUCUCCAGGGAAGCGGAACCAAGCUGUAUGAAAAGAGAUGGGGCUGGUGAGUGUGAAUCUGCAGAGAAGGCUGGAGCCCCAGAGAAGAGUUGACAUUAUAUUCUUGGAUCCAAAGGCUGGACUCCGGCAAAGUUUCUGUGUUGUAGUCUGGAGGCAAAAUUGCUUCUUCAUAAACCUUGGUCCUUGCUCUUAAGGCCUCAACUGAUUAGACAGGGCCCACCCACAUUAUGGCAGGGUCAUUUGCUUUACUCAGUCUGCUGAGUUAAACAUGAAUUUCAUCUAAAAACCUUUGAGGGCGUAUCCACACUGGUGUUUGACCAAGUGGUGCUGUGGCCUUGCCACUUUGGCAUAUAAAUGUGACCAGUGUAAUCACUCUGCUUGUUCAUUUGGAUUCAGCAGUCACUGCUUACUCCAGCACCCACUUCUUAACACACCCACACUGACAUUCAGCAGUCUCCUUGCACAGUUACUACGGGCAAUCCAAUAACCCCCCUUUGGUGUACUCACCUGCACCCAUGCUCUUCCAUUUGACUCCCUCAGUACAAUUCCCUGAGUGUUUUGUUUGUUUGUUUUUAAUCCUCACCCGAGGAUAUUUUUCCAUUGAUUUUUAGAGAGAGAGAAAUAUUGAUGUGAGAGAAAUACAUCAGUUGGUUGCCUCCUGCAUGAGCCCCGACCAGGGCCUGGGCCUGCAACCAAGUUACGUCCCUUUGACCAGACUCGACCUGGGGCCCUUCGGUCUGCAGGCCGACGCUCUAUCCACUGAGCCAAACCAGCUAGGGCUCCUGGGUGUUUUUCAACCACUGGUUUGCCACAGUGUGUGACUAAACUAUUCAUAUCACUGUGUAAUUCUGCAACCACCCAUUGCACACUUGUUCUAUACCAACCAACUUCCACUGUUUGCAUGCCCUCUCUACUAUUUAAUAACUGCACACACUGUGUAAUUCAAGAGUCACGGUCUCAUUCUCCAUUCAACCUCACACUUUGCACACCCAGUGUUUGCCAUUCACAGUCAACUUUUACCCACUCACCAUGUGCAGUUCAACAACCAAUCUGUGUGCAUGCAUCUCACUCCAUCCAACUUUUCCUCCAGCACACCCUCUGUGGCAUUUAACAACUGCUUUUCUAAUGCUCACAACUCGCUUUUCACAGCCACCGUGUGCUGUUAAACAGUAUCUUGUUGCACACUCCCUGUGCAAGAGCCACUCUGAACACUUGCUGGUUACCAACCACUAUUCACCAUUCUGCUCUUUCCAGCUCCCAUACUGCACCACUGUGAGCCAGUGCUUGCACAUUCACUGCAAGUUAACAACUACUGCAUGCAUGUCAAUCCAGUCUUUCCUUGCACAUUAGCCCUACACUAUCUGAGUUCCACUAAGCCAUCAAUAAUCACCUCACAAUCACUGGUUGAACAGUCACUUGCACCAUUUUGCUCUCUACUAUGUCUACUUGCACAGUCACUGGGCCCUGCACAGGGGAUAAUUGUAGCCAUCAUGGGGGAAGGGAUAACUCAACUGCCCCACAUUUCACCCUGCUCCUGCCUUUACAUGCUGUAUAUUCUGGAGCUCUUGAAAUAAGUGAUAGACUAGAGGUUGUGUCUGUCCCAGAGGCUCCCUGCUGAGUCUGCUGUUAGCCCUUAAGCCCUGAUCCUGGGGAAAGCCCCAGAGAGUGCUCAUGUGAGCUCAAGAUAGGUGUCUUUCCCUAGGGUUGGAAGCACUGCAGUAUUCAAUUGGUAAUGAUGUGUUCCUGCUGCUUGUGACAUCAGUCCUGCCUGCACUCCCCACUGCCCACCAGGCUACAUCUUUCAGCCCACCCCACUGCAAAGGUUACACCCCCAUGACAUAACCAGAGCACAUUCCUCAGGGCCAGCAGGAAGGGAGUGAACACUGUACCUGAAUUGAGGGGGUGGCCAGCUAGGGGCUCUCUCCCAGGACGAUUCAAAUCUAGGUGAAAGGCCAACUGCAGGGCCCUUGGGACAGGAUGGAGUCCUGCCUGCCCUCAUUUUCUUGGCUAAUCUUCCUCUGGCCUUUUCCUUUCUACAUUGUAUGUUUUAAUCUAUUUUACAAUUUUUCCCAUUUAGUGCUGAUGAAUUCCAGUUUGACCUUAAAAACUACAGUUCUCCAAUUGGCAGUCAAAAGAUACCUCAGCAAGAGAAGCAGAAAGUGUUCCUUUUUCCUCAAAGUGUAGAAAGGCAGCCACUGUCCUGCAGCAGGAAGUGGCCCUGACAAGUGCUAUUUUUAAAGAUGCCCAAUUUCAGGGGCUUGUAGCUCUGCCUGUGUAAGUACCUUCAAUCUCUAACCCCAGGAAUUCUGAGGGGCUGUCUCUGCUCCUGGCCCAGGUUCACAACACUGGAAUGAACCUGUCCUCUGAGGAAGUGGGACUUGGGCAUGUGCCUCAGGUCCAGGGAGGGAGCUGGCCCUUCUCCCACCUAAAAUAAACGAGUGGUUCUGCAAAACUUA